AUGGCUACAACAGCAAUAGCUACACCUAUGUUUUCUUUUGGAUUGAGAAUUUUUACUCCACUUCGAUCGAUUCGAUCAACAACCGUUCAUUUCUCACCACUCACCAAGAAACAAGAAUCAUCAAUUAACCUCAGUUCUUCACGCUGUGUUUCUGGGUUUGCCCCACUCGUUGUUAACAGAACUUUCAAUUUUGCGUCACCCAUUGGAAGAAAUUCACAGCCAGUCACUGUAGUCUGCGCUAAAGGCUACAAAAUGAAGACCCACAAGGCUUCGGCGAAGCGAUUUCGGGUUACCGGCAGUGGGAAGAUAAUGAGGAGGAGAGCAGGGAAGCAACAUUUGCUGGGAAAGAAGAAUACUAAGAGGAAAUUGAGACUCUCCAAAGUGGUACAAGUUGAUCGGAGUGACUAUAACAACGUGAUAGGUGCUUUGCCGUAUCUCAAAGAAAAACUCUCCAUCGCUAGACUCAAUGGAGAAGUCGAUAUCGCAACGUGCCUUCUCGGGACCAUCGUCGUCGCGCUUUCCACACAACUGCAGAGCCCGAGAAUACCGUUGCCAUAUGGAAUCGACGGCGGCACCGAGAUCUACCGUAGCGUUUUGUGCGAAGUGGUGUACUUGAAGGCGUCGCCGCUGCGCGCAAAUCGCGGUUGCAGAAGUGCAAGUCCAUCCUUUAUAGAGAAGGUGAAGUUAAUCGUAUGUGGCAUAAUUGCACAUUAG